CGUCUAGAGAGAUCGGUGUAUUUUUGAAAAGGGGAAAAAGAAAAGACUAGAGAGAUCAGUGGUGGAGAAGAAGAACGACUGAGAGAGAGAGCGUGUGUUUGUGUGAAAUAGAUAGACGGAUCGAAGGGAAAUUUUCAGCUUACCAUCUGAGGAAAAGUUUAGGAGAUCUUUUUGUUCGCCGAAUACAGAGAAAAGCGGCGAGACGGGAAAAAAAAAAAAACAAAGAGGGAGAAGUGAAUGGGAAGAAGGAAGAGGAGGAGAAGAGACGGACGGGAAGCUCUUGCGUAAAAGAUACAUGGUUUGGGGAGGAAGACAUGGACAACUAAGGGAGACGAACAGGAGGCAGCAAAGAAGGAAUACAUUGACUGCAUUAAGUUGCUAGAAGUGGAGCUUGGGGACAAGCCUUCCUUUGGCGGCGAGACCCUCGGAUUUGUUUUGCUUCUGCUGUUGUAUGACCAAGAUUGAUUUUUUGUUGGAUCUUUCGGAUUGCUUGCUUUUGGUGCAAAGAGUUUUGUGAUCGGCGUGUUAUAGUUUGAUAAAGGGUUUGCUUAUUUGAAGAUAUUUGAGACUUCGAUUUGUAUAUAUUUGAUUUAGAGGAAUUGCACAGUGUGAGGAGAAUAAGGCUGGCAAGAAAGUUGGAAAGUUCUACAGCAAGGCCUGGAUUUCGGCUCUUUCCUCAAUCGGAAGCCCAAUUACUUGGAUCAAGAAGCUUCCACCAGCCAAAACAUUUGAGCAUCCCACAAUUUUGGAGUUUUUUAAGUGUUGCGAGAACUGCAAGGAGGUGAUCAUUUUGUUGUUUUUGAAAUUCCCCCCCCCCCCCCCCCCCCAAAAAAAAAAAUUACAGUUAUCGGUUGGUAAUUGGAGCCAUGACUAUAGUCUGCGGUUUAAACCUUCUUUAAGUUACUAUUUUGUUGCAGAAAAUAGUCAAUCUCUUCAUUGGCUCCUCUGUAAGGUAUCUGUCAAUGUAGUUAACCAUAUUGAUAAUACACCCGCAGAGUAACCACAUUGAAAAAGAACAGAGAGAAAAUAGACAUAUGGUUAUCAUGAUUGCUGACAGGGUAAGACAAGCUUUUCUUUUGGAGAAAUUGUAGUGGAUGAACCAGCAAGCAACAACACCAGAAAAUGAAUAUUCUAUUGUAUCUGUCUUCACAAUACCCUUUCAAAUCAAAUAAGACUUACCAAAAUUUUUGCACCACUAUCAAACAAUUUAAAGCAAGCCAAAUGUACAAACCGAUAAUACAAAAUCAAUGAUAUGCUUAUGUGUGUGGUCAUUUUCUUUUUUAAGCAAUUCACUAACAGCCAUAACUCCCGCGUUGCUGCGGGCCAGCUAUGGCUAGUAUAAAACUAAAUCCUAAUUGAUUAUGUCCCUUAAGUGCUUCUAACACUCAUAACCUUUGAGUUGAAUACAGCUCAUUCCAACAGGUUCACCUCUCGACCUGAAUUUUUUUUUAGGACCAUCGAUAAACCCAAGCCCAUAAAAACCUCCCGGAUUAUUCGGUUGCAUUCUGCAAGACUCGGCUCUUCCCUCCUUGCUCGUAAUCCUCCUCUCGGUUUCUGAUUCAUGUGGGCGUCUGUCACCCAUAGCCACCUUCAAAUUCUACGCUACUGUCGUGCUUUCCUUCCACGUAGCCCUAAACCUCUGCCUCUUCUUUUCCUCCCCAGCCUAACGUUCAUGGACAACAGAACGACCACCACCAGCAAUUCCUUCGCUCCUUUUGCCCGUAAUAACAGAAGUGGUGAUGGUAGAGGAGGAGGCUGGGAGGUGAAAGAUGAGAGAGAGAGAUCGAGAGGUCGCGGCGGAGGAGCAAGGGGCCGUGGUGGUGGCUCUGGCAAAGAUAGAGUUGAUGCACUCGGUAGAUUAUUGACACGUAUAUUGCGGCAUAUGGCUUCUGAGUUGAAUUUGGAUAUGCGGAGUGAUGGAUUUGUGAAGGUUCAUGAUAUUUUAAAGCUGAACUUGAAGACAUUUGCUAAUAUUCCAUUGAGCUCACAUACUGUUGAUGAGAUUAAGGAGGCUGUCAGAAGGGAUAAUAAGCAGCGUUUCAGCCUCUUGGAAGAAAAUGGGGAACUUUUGAUACGUGCAAACCAAGGUCACUCAACAACGGUAGUUGAAACCGAAAGGUUAUUAAAGCCAAUCCUUUCAUCUGAAGAAGUUCCAGUAUGCGUGCAUGGAACUUAUAGGAAGAAUUUGGAUUCAAUAUUAGAGUCUGGUCUGAAGUGCAUGACGAGAUUGCAUGUACACUUUGCAAGUGGCUUGCCAACAGAUGGGGAAGUGAUCAGCGGUAUGAGACGGGAUGUUAACAUUUUGAUCUUUCUUGAUGUCAGAAAAGCUUUAGCUGAGGGAAUGAAGUUCUACAUUUCAGACAACAAGGUGAUCUUGACUGAAGGCUUUGAUGGUGUUGUUUCAGUCAAGUACUUCGAGAAAAUAGAAUCGUGGCCUGGUAGAAAGCCCAUAGCUUUUUGAACUUGGUCAUUCAUUUAUAUUCCAUCUUCCCUUUGCCUUUUCUUUUUUGGAAGGUUGUUUACCUUCAUAACAUGUUGUAGUUCUCAUUUCAUUUGCCCUUUUUCCUUUUUCCUUUUUUUUUUUUUUGUUAUUACACUUGCCGCAUAAGCUGGUGGUCGUUAGGAAUUCCCUUCUUAUCAAUGGAAAUGAAAUUACUGCUUCUGAUGUUCAA